GUCUCAUCGCGCUCUCCGUUGAGCUCUCCGUCCUGCUCUCUCGCUGGAAGCUGGCCUCCAAACGCUCUUUGAUAGCCCCAUUCAAGUUCUUGCUUUAUAUUUUCUCACUAGGAAUUGUACCACCCUCGCCACCAUGAUCAAAAAAACGGCUGUCCGCGCAAAACAAUGGCAAGUAGAUAUCCUAAAGAACAUGCACGCAGAGGAGGCUCGGCCAUCAGCUUCUCAAAGACAUAAACUAGCUGUGGAAACCGGCCUGGAUGAGGCGUGGAUCAGGAACUGGUUUAUGAGAAAAAACAGGGGGUCUCGUGCUCCGAUGCACCCUGGGGGACCGCUAAUGCAUAUAAUAAAGCUGGAUCGGCCAAAACCCGACACUCCGAUCCACUCUGACACUUCAAGGUCUCAAGGUCCCGCUUCUUCCCAUCCCGUCGUGUCCCAGGGAACAUCAGAUACUCCUCCGACAUUAGAAUCGCUUCUCGUUUCGGUCAACAGACAAUCGGACAAGGGUUACUCGAUGCGGACGCUGGCGCCAAAUGACGCUCUCCCGCAUUCAGUCGAUCCCCGUUCUCUCAGCUAUACUCCAGACGUGCGGCCUGCUUUGGCGACUAGAUCCAACUCAAGUUCCUACUCGUCCUUGGAGGAGGAAAGCACAUUGCCGCAGAAUACAAGAAAGCGGCGAUACUCCAGGGACCCACUUCAUAACCGAUACCCAGACUUUUCAAAGUUCUUCCUUCCGACACCUUCCGACACCAUCGGCGAUGCUGCCAAAACGCCGGAGCUUCCACCAAUCGAUAUGUCAUCCCCGAUACACAAUCCUUCGAGCAUCAAUACUGCACUGUCUCCGGAUUUCGCUCCUUCCGCCAUGCAACUGCAUUCACCAAUUGCGAUGCCUGUGUUUUUUUUCCGCAAGCUUAUCCCUCUUGCACUCCAUGCAAGCGCACGCCCCAGUCGUUGAGGCUGCGCCCAAGGUACGCUCCAUGGUCAUCUAGUCAUCUCCGUAAUUUAUGUCCUUGCAGCACGACGGGGCCUAACGGGCGGGUUUGUAGAGAAAUAGUUCGUUCGAGUCCCUUGACAGGUUCCGCAGGAAGUC